AUGGGACCUGUCACUAGAAGACGCGCAUGGUGUGUGGUGCGUUUUGAUCUCAAAGCAAACGGCGAUUCAAAAUUCCGAAGCGAAAAUUCGUCUGACCCAGGACGAGGGCAAUCAACCAUUGGAAUUCAGUCUGUUUAUUCUGAACGAGAGACGCAAACGGUUCCAUACUCACCUACAUGUGUUGUCCCUGCGGGACACAGUCCGGAAGAGCUUACUAUUGCACACUUGUGCUGGGAAAAAGGUCUGCCAGCUACGCAACUCGAGAUUUCGAUUGUUCAAAGAAUGAGGCAAAAACGCAAAAUCGAGAAACUGCUUCCGCCAUCCACAGACGAGUACUCUUUUCAGGCGAGAGCCUCGCUUAUGAAGGAACAGGAAUUCAGGGAGUGGGCCGACCGGGAGAGACGCAUAAAAGAGCUGCAUGAUCGCAGACUGGAGCUUGUUCGGUUGGCGAUAAAAAAAAGGAGAGAACUAUUUCGAAACAUGGAAGAGGAUGUUUUGGAAAGGACGCGAAUGCGUCUAUCGCAGAAGGAAGCUGUGCAGGCUAUCAAGACAGACGCAAAGCGGAUAAAAGCCUUACGACGCAUGUGGCAACAGCGAGUCGCCUUGGACAGCCUAAUCAAUCCGCAAAGAUGGAAGGCAGUCAGCCACAGCUCCAAAAGAGCAUCUGAUAUGUUUGCUCCUCGGUCGAUGAAGGGAUACAUUCCUGGUGAUCCGUACGCUUCGUUGCAGAUCGACGCUCCAGCCCUGCAGUUCAUCAAACGCGCAGACACCCGCACUAUGCUGCCCGGUGUCGAUGCGGCCCUGGAGGCAACAGCCACGCGUCUUCGGCAAGAGGCUGCGCUAGAACAGGCAGAAAGGGAUCGUGGGAACACACAAGGUCUCGAAGCAGCGACUGCCAUAUUCCAGUUGACUGGUUCGCAGUCACACACUGUGGGUGAUGCCGGCGUGCCUCUCAAAAAAUAUCACAUUCGCAACAUACGAGAGAGACCUGAAACCCCGAGGGUCGAAGAGGUAUUGCCAGAGGAUGAAGCGGUGCAGGUGGCGGCCAUUCUUCUGCAGCGGAUGCUGCGUGGACAAACUUACCAGCAGAGAAUGUUUGCGGGUAAACAAAUGAGGCUGGAUCUCAUCAACUUCCUCCGUGCUUCUGAGCAACUGAAUGACGCGCCGGUGGAAGAUCAACAAGCUCAAGCCAUCGGUGAAACCACCGAGGAAGCAGCAGAAGUGCUCAUGGCGUCGAUGCAAGGACAGGCUAUCGCCGAGACGUUGGACGAGCUCGCGAAAGAACUCCGGAAGGUGGAGGAGGAACGGCGGAUUGCCGUGAUGGUUAAUCUGGCUGAACGAGACCGGAGGAUGCGAGAGGCACAAGAAUCUGGCACACGCCAGGCUGAAGAGCUCCUCCGCGCGCGAGAGGACGAAACAUUCAACCGAGUGAUGUCUCUGCAUCACCAGACAGUCGAUUCCUACAUCGAAGGCAUACUUACAGCCUCCGUCGAGCAAGCAGCAAAGCAACAAGCUCUGGUUGAAGCGAAGCUACGGGCCGAACAGCUUUCAGAAGUGGUGGACGAGCUGGAAGAGAGGUAUUCGAACCCGACAACUAUAGCCCGCGAGCUGGUGACUAGUUUCCUUCUGCCCCAUGUACAGAAACAGCAGUUGCAGAGACAGUUGCAUCUCGAACAAGAAAAAUACAGCAUUGCAGCUCGUUACGCCAUCGGUGAAAGCUUCCAACCACUCAAGACAACGUUCGGUCCCCUUUUUUACUAG